AUGGCCGGGCUGGGCGGUGGCGGCCCUGCCGCCUUCGGGCGCUGCACGCACGCCGUGGUGCGGGCGCUGCCCGAGUCGCUGUGCCGGCAGGCGCUGCGCACCGCGCCGGGCCCCGAGGUGGACUUCGCCCGCGCCGAGCGGGAGCACCAGCUCUACGUGGGCGUGCUGAAGAGCAAGCUGGGGCUGCAGGUGCUGGAGCUGCCGGCCGACGAGAGCCUGCCCGACUGCGUCUUCGUGGAGGACGCGGCCGUGGUGUGCGAGGAGACGGCGCUCCUCACCCGCCCGGGCGCGCCCAGCCGCAGGAAGGAGGUCGAAGCCAUGAAGAGAGCGCUAGAAAGUCUUAACCUCAAUCUGGUAGAGAUGGUGGAUGAAAACGCAACCUUGGAUGGGGGAGACGUCUUAUUUACAGGCAGAGAAUUUUUUGUGGGUCUAUCUAAGAGGACAAAUCAACGUGGAGCAGAAAUUCUGGCUGACACAUUUAAGGAUUACGCUGUCUCCACAGUCCCUGUUCACGAUUCUUUGCACCUAAAGAGCUUUUGCAGCAUGGCUGGACCAAACCUGAUUGCUAUCGGAUCAAGUGAAGCUGCACAGAAAGCCCUCAAGACCAUGCAACAGAUGAGUGACCACCGUUACGACAAGCUCACAGUGCCUGAUGAUGCCGCAGCAAACUGCAUCUACUUAAACGUGCCAAGCAAAGGCCACGUCCUGCUGCACCGAGCCCCCGAGGAGUAUCCUGAAAGUGCGAAGGUUUUUGAAAAACUGAAGGACCACAUGCUGAUCCCAAUAGCCAACACAGAACUGGAGAAAGUAGACGGGGCACUCACCUGUUGCUCUGUGCUUAUUAACAAAACUUCAGAAUUAUGAGUUUACAGAGUCCCUCCCUUGUAACUGGCAAUAAUGUGACAUACAAGGUAGAUGAAUCUGUAUCCACACUUUUAUUGUUUUUAUUGACAAUCUACUGUACCACUGUGCUACUAACCCUUGUUUACAGAUUUUUUGCUUUGUGUAUUUUUAUUAUGUCCUUGCAGAUGGUAUUUAAGAUGGGUGUAUACUUUUGUUGGGAGACACAUUAACUCUGAGAUAUGUUAGUCCCAUGGGCUAGCAGAAGACAAUUACAAAGGCUAACGCCUAGCUUUAGUGAUUUAACAUAUUCUGUGUGAAAAUUAUAUGAAAAACAACUAAUUCACAGAAGUUCAAGCACUUCUGUUGUCUUUACACUUUUUUCUUCUUCUGUCUUGUUUCUCUUGCUCCUUUCUCUGCAUCUUUUUUGCAUUCUUCGGUCUUCUCUGUUUCUCUCUUUACUUUCAGUGAUGCAAGGUGUCAUGGGGACUGAAGAAAAUUCAGUGGGAUCAUGAACUUGGUAUCUCGUGUGGUAGGGGAGCUUUCCUUACACUGGCUGGAACAGUGCAUGGCAGGCUGUGCUCAGCAUCUUGGCCAUAUCAUGUUGCCACUGCUGGGCAGAAUUAUGGCUAGAAUCAGGUUUGGGCACCAAGUAGCAACUCAGAAGAAAUGUCUUCCUUCGGGUGCGUUUGAGGUCAAUGUUUGCCUGGGAAACCUGAAAGAUAAAAAAAAAAAAAGAAGUAGCAGAGCAGCCACACUACGUAAGUCCUACAAGUCCAGGUCCCUGUUUGCUACUGAUGUUGUGUCCUGCAAUUGGGUGAGAAUAAAAGGAGCGUUUUAAAAGGCCAGAUCCCAGGGAGCACCUAGACCACCAAAAUGAAAGACUGAGGUGCUUUUAAAAAGUUAAACUACAAAAGUUAUCUAAGAAUGUGGGAUUAUUUUAAUCUCUUUAUAUGAACUUUCAUUUCAGUCUCUCUGUUGUUUUCUCCUCUUUUAGAGGCCACUUACUAGCAAAACUCAAAAGAAAAAGGUGAUAAAACCAGUUGAAGGACAGUUAUUCCUGGAUUAUGCUCAUGAAUAAGUGAAGCUAUUGUUGUCUGAAAGACUGGCAUGUGUAUUUUAUCUGUCCUUGGGGCAGUUUUCCUUGAAACAAUGACAAUCUUGGUUUUUUUUAAUUGCAUGAAUAUUUACUGUGGUAUUCAGUUUAAACAAAUAUAUUUGUUUCGUAGCAAGUUCCACAACAUCCUUACCCACUGACUCAUACAUUUUUUUCACCACAGUAACGUGAAGUAUACCCCAUUGUAUUCAUACGAUUCUUGUUAAAUCAUUUGUAAACUAAGGAUGGAGAAAUUCCCAAACAGAAGCAGUAGUGGGAACUCUCCAGAGGCUGACAAAUAGUUUGAACAUUUUAUCAACUUCCUAGGCAUCUCCCCCACUUUUCCUGAACCACUUGUGGUGUGCUGCUGAGGUACAGUAGGAAGUGAGCAGAGGAGCUCAGUCAGUAUGGCCCGUAGGAGAGCAGUAUUAACUGAGUGCACACUGCGAUAUCCUUUGGAGAUUUGCAUGCUUUUUUACACAGUUACAGGGGAGGAAACUCAAGUACUUAUAUUCAUAAACUUCCCCUGCACUCUCAGUGUAGCAGCGUAACUCACAUCUCACCUCAGUGGUAGACAUGGAGCAAAGGAAGUUCAUACGUCCCAGCAGCUACGGGGGUACGUUGAACACCAUCUAACGCGUUGUAUCUUGUGACGGCAGGAGGUAUCAGUGACGAGAGAUCACCCCAGACAGCAGGGUGCGUUCAUUUCAGCAUGACCUGCGUGGUCAGGCUCUAGGGUUGGAAACUUUGCAGUGGGGAAUCUCCUUUCUCUUCUUCCAUUGGCUGUUUUUAAAUAUCUGAUAAAGCUGCUUGCAUUUUAGAACCACUUGAUAUUAAACAAAGAAGAUUUUGUGCCAAAAAAUAACCCUAUAGAAUUUAACUGUGACCUUCUAGAGGCGAGCUAUACCCUUUUAAAAACACAGGUAGCUGAGGGAACUGUUCUGUAAAGCAGAGCAGAAUCUGUCAUCGCCUGUCCGUACCUCUGCGGGCCUUGCUGCUCCUCUCCCUGUCCGCGGACUGCAGUCCCUCUCCCUCGUCUCACUGGGGCCAGAGCAUCCCACUAUAGCACUGUGCCAUCGUUAGGCUGUAGGAUUUCUGUUCAGUUUGUAUCAAACUUUCUGUUGUGUUUUUUUUCAUCUGCUCUCACCUUUUACCUGUCUUUCUCUUCCUCAGAGUGGUUUCUAGUUCAUUGCAUGAUAAGCACCUUCUUCUAAUUGCAAAAAUUUUCCUACUCUUGUCUCUGUUCUUCUGUUCCUUCAGUCUUCUUUUUCUGCACUCCUAUCUCUUCUCCUCACAGUUCACUCUGAAGUAUUCAGACUCAUAGCAGGCUGUCCUGACUUUACUCCCUCCUUGACUAGGUGCCAGGAAGGGACCACUUUUGUGCUGAGAGACUUUUGAGCGAGAAGGAUGACUAUCAACAGGAACUGUUUAUCUAGAGGGUGUCUCCUUUUUUUUAGGAUUGCUCCAGAAAAAAUAGUCAUUUGUGGUGAACACUGUUGAUACCUUGUGUCCUUGAAAGAAAUAGAAUGGCUGAUGAGGGAUCCUCCCCCCAGGUCCCUCAGGGGAGGGAGAGCUAGUGAGAGAGAACAUCCUUGCUAAGGAUGGGAAGAUUGGAUCUCAGAGCUGCGAAACAUCUCACUUUUCAGAGGUUGAUCUUUUACCAAUUACCGUUUAGAUUUCCUUGUUUUCAGGGCCUUUAGUUUCCUUUAGUCUACAGAGUGAGCAAGUGGCUGAGGGACCUGAAUUUCCUCAGAUGAUGAUUUCGAGACAUAUCCACACUGUCUAACUUCAGGCAUAUAACCGCACCUGCUUUGCCUCCAUUGGUUCAAUAGGUGUCAUAGGCUCCAACAUAGAUGCUCUGAAUUACGUUUUUGUCUAAUGCUAAAAGUAAUCCAAGCUUAUUAGUGGGAUUGUUCUCCUCUCUCUGCUUUUAGCAUUAUUCUUCAUGAUGGCAUUAUAAUGCAAAAAAAAAUAUUAAUAAUUAAGAGCACUUCAGUUUGUGCAUUUGCAGUAUGGUACUAAGAACCAAAAUCAUGCCAAAUGCUUGUUUUUCUUGCUAUUUGCUAUUUUUUCUAUUGCCCAGCUGAAGAAUUCGGUUGUGAGAACAUUUCUGCUGUAACACAUGGAUUUAAUGGGCAUCCCGUACAUCUUGUCACUAGAACAUUUUUCAGAUGCCUGAUGUAAAUCAUCCUUGAUUAAUAUAGUAAACUCCCAAACCAAAAAAGGAGAUGAGACACUGAACACUAAUAGGCAGCCCACAUAAAACGUUUGGUAACAACUGUGAGGCCAUAUGAAAUAGCAGGCCACUACAGAAGAUCUUGUGGUGAAUAGCUCAGCAAUGGGAUUUGAAUUACUCAUCACUGGUCUGUUUGGUCUUUUUUUUUUAAGCAACUAGUUUAGCUCAGAUCAAAGGAAAGAACUACUAUAUUAAUUAUAGCUCUUUCAUGGAUGUUGUUAUCUAUUACUAUGAGUCUAGGAAGAGGUUGUGAUAUGUGGGUUUCCUUCUUCAACAGAAUGUGAAUACAGUGUCUCUUUCUGCAAUGAAAAUGUGAAUGAAUGUUGUACAAGAUAAACUUGAAUUCUUCUAUUUCUGCAUUAUUUACUUGUCCUUGCAAAUAUACUUUUUUCAGUCUUAAAUAGAUGCCACUGUAUGAAGCUAUUCUCUGAAUUUUUGAGUGAUUUCCAUGAGACAAGUACAGAGCUCAUAUGCAACACCAUGUCCAGUUUUAAAAAUAAAAUUCAGUGAAAUGCAGAACAAUGAAUCUGCUUUUCCUGGUUGUUCACAGUAAGUUGGGAAUGAAGUAUGAAGCAAAUGGCUUUUGAUUUCAUUCAGCUUCUUAAACACUAAAUCAGUGCAGUUAGAGAUAAAUUACUUUGGUAGAAAACAUCAAAAUUCACAUUGAACUGUUUGGGGAAAAUAAUUUGCUAUUUAAGAUUCUCUAUUUUUGUUUUUAUUAAUAGAAAGCUGAAAAGAUAAGACUGUUAGAAGGGUAGUAUUUAUUAAGUGAUUGUGAACAAAGUAUCGUUGGAUCUCACUUGUAUUUUCAGAAAAGUUUUAACUGGACGUAUGAUGUAACUUGUAUAGAGUUGCAUGUGAAUUGUGUUAGUCACUGUUUUACAUUGUAUUGUUCUGCAGUGCACAAAUAGACUACUGAAAACAAAAGUGUUAGAUUUCAUUAAACUUAAAAUCUUGUUACAGUAUAUAGUUGCCCACUUUUUGUGCCAAAAACAUCAAUACAUUCCAUAAUUUGUUCUAACAGAGGUUUGCACUUUGAUUUGUCUGUGACUCUUGCAGUUUCAAUACUAUAUAUCCCCAUCACAAAGGAAUAAAGUGUCAAUUGUAUUGUG